AGGAAAGACUAUCGCAACAUCUGUGUCAUGCUGACUUUAAGGAUAUGCUGCAACGUUUUAGUUUUCACACAUUUCUCAAGUUUGUUUUCCACCGGUGUUCAAAAUAAGACGAGUGCUGACUGCUUAAACACGGGAACAAAAUCUGUCUGAGGGAAUGAAGAUACAGUAGCAAGUGGAGAUGAUGGUGGAAAUGAGAGUGCUGAUUGUGUGAGAGAUCAUGACUUCUGGACAGAGACAAACACACACCAACCACUUUAGUGUACAGUGGCAUCUCUUAUUUCCUCUGAUGAUGUUUACUGGAGGAAGGGUGGGACAACCUGUCACUCACAUGACAUCACAGCAAUAGCAAACCACAACCAUCCAAUCAAUUCCAGAUGGACAAAUCAUCAAGUCUACAUUUUUUCUAGCUUGAGAAGCCAUUUCACUUGGAUAUACAUCACAAUAAAGAAGAAAAGAAAAUCUCAACAGUGUCAACUGAUCUAAUGUCACAUGUUUUUGUUUUCACACGUUGACCACAAUUGUGUUUGUCACAAGCUUUAAAAAGACAACGAGUGCUAACUCGUCUUCGUAGAAACAAGGGACUAACUUGUUUAAAGUUUGACGGUUAAAGAGAAGAAAUGUCUGAUAGUACUUAUAACAAUGUGAUCCGGACUGAGUCUGAGGGAAUGAAGACAGAUAGAGUGGAGAUGGCGGUAGAAAUCUAUGAGAGUGCAGAUUGUGUGAGAGAUCAUGACUUCAGGACAGAGGCGAACACACACCAACCACAGCGUACAGGAAGUGAUUCUGUGAGGAACAGAAGCUCCAGAGCCGCUGCAGUGUGUUUGGUGUUGCUGUGUGUUCUUCUGCUGACUGCAGUCAUAGUGCUGUGUGUUCAACUCCAUACAAAGAGCACAAACUACACAGAAGAGAGAGACCGGCUACUAACAAACAUAACCAGACUCACAGAAGAGAGAGACCAGCUAAUACUCAAGAAAAGAGGUCAGCCAAUAAAUGAUCUUCAGAGUUAUUAUGGAUGGACUUACUAUAAAUCCAGUUUUUACUACAUGCCGAAUGAGACAAAGAGCUGGACUGAGAGCAGAAGAUACUGUAGAGAGAGAGGAGCAGAUCUGAUCAUCAUAAACAACAGCGAAGAACAAGAUUUUGUUAAGAACAUGAUUGGUAAAGCUAUAGUCUGGAUUGGUCUGACUGACAGUGUUGAGGAGGGCAGAUGGAAAUGGGUUGAUGGCACCAACAUGACCUCUAGUUUCUGGGGGUCUGCAGGGUCUGGAGUGUCUGCAGAGCCUAAUGGAGGUAAAGUAGAGAACUGUGGCCUGACUGUGGCUGUGCCUAAAUUGCCAGAGUGGCCGAAUUUAGUAGGGUGGCUUGAUGAAGCAUGUACUAAAGAUUAUCAAUGGAUCUGUGAGAAGAACUUUUCACAACUCACACUGCCAUCACACAUCUUUUUUGAUGCAAGUUAAAGAGAGAAAAAAAAAAAAAAAAACUUGUGUAAUAAUUGAUUAUUAUCUAAAAAAGUGUUUCUCAACCUUGUUCUUAGAGGAUGCUCUCAACUGCACAUUUUGAAAGUACCCUAAUUAAAAAUAUACUGUAUGCUUUGUCUCAUGACAUAUUGAGUAAUCAACUGAACUCUUAACCCUUUUCUUUGAUUUUUUUUUCUGAUGCAG